UACACUCAGUGUUUUUGUUGUGUCCAUAGUGCAACAGAAGUUACAGUCUGCCCAGCCAAGUGCAGCUGAGCAGGUGUGGCUCACAUCCAAGGAGCCAAUCAGCAGUAGACAUGAGGUCGAGGGUGAUGAAGUGGAGCAGCUGAUACGCCGGCAUGAAGCAUUCAGGAAGGCAGCGGCUACGUGGAAGGAACACUUUAGCUCCUUACGGCAGGCGGAGAAACUGAAGGAGGAGCAGACUAAGCAGCCUUCCACCUCGUCUCUUCUCAACAGACAGAUGUUCCCUCUCUCCUGCCUUGUGCCCAGCUCUUCUUCGUCCUCCUCUUCCUCCUCUCUCUUCCGGAACCCUCUCCAGGACACACUGCUCGAGCCCAAGCCCAGUCCUCAAGACCUUGUACAUACUGUGGCGCACACAGCCACACACCCACUCACCCACAGGCUCGGAUCUGCACUUAAUCCAUACACACCGGUCAUGAAUGGCUCUUCCUACCAUGGACUAAGCCAACAGGGUGUGCUAGGGCUAGACAGCCCCAGCUACCAUGGACUAAACCAACAAGUUGGUGUUCUGGGGGCGAACAGCUCCAGUUACACUGGAUUAAAUCAACAGGGUGUUUUAGGGGUGGACAGCUCUAGCUACACCGGGCUAAAUCAACAGGGUGUCAUGGGAGCUGAUGGCUCUAGCUAUCACAGCCUGAACCAUCUCGGUGCCAUGGGGGUGACCGAACCUAAACUGGCGUAUGCUUGGCAGCAUCUGAAGGCUGACUUCCUCCAGCCCAAAAUCAACCACAUCCACAAGGCUGUCCCACCUCUAUUGGAGGCCCACCGUGGCCAUCUUAUUGGUGGAGCAGCAGAUGUCCCUGGGACCCCAGUAGGCAUGGACCCUUCCCUGGAGAUGAUCCACAGCCGGUUGCAGAGGGAUCCACGAGGCAGCCGCUCAGACCCCCAGAUGGACCACCUGCGCCGGGAGAGGGAGUACCGGCUGGGACGGCAGACGUCCAGCGAGCAGGAGAUCCAGGCCAGGCUGAACGAGCUGCCGCUGAUUGUGCGGCAGGAACGUUACCGCCGGCGACUGGAGCGUCAGUCGUCCAGCGAGCAGGAGGGAAGCGGAAAACACAGACUGCAGAGGCAGGACUCCAGUGACCAGGAGUCUGGGAAAGAAGGGUCAGACAAGAGGCAAUCAGGGGAGAAACGCUCCACCAUGGCUGAGAUAGUGGAACAGGUACAGGAGAGAGAAGCGUGCCAUGCGAGAGGGGAGGUCUAUCGGCCACCCAGCAGUCUUUCGGCCCCUGUCACGCGUCUUGAUCGCCCUCGAGCUCGUGAUAGGCCCAAGCCCCGGCGAAGGCCACGUCCCAAAGAGCCUGAGGAGACCCGCCGAUCUCGAUCUGCCCCUGCACAGAGCAUCCCGACCACCCCACAGCCUCCAACACACACUGUCCGCCAUGAGGGCUUCUUGUACCGCAAGCAUGAGGAAGAGGGCAAGGAGAGGAGCCCCAACAGUAAGUCAUGGGUGAACCUGUUCUGCGUACUCAACAAAGGAGAGAUCGGCUUCUACAAGGAUGCGAGGAACACGACAACCCCUUACAACGACGAGCCGCUCCUCAAUCUAGCCAUCUGCACCUUCGACACCACCAACGGUUACAAGAAGAAGAAGAACGUCUUCAUCCUCAGGACCGAAACUGAAGGGGACUAUAUCUUCUUGGCAAAAGAUGAGGAGGAUCUUAAGCGCUGGGUCAACAGCAUCAACGCCAGCCUGAGUGAGAUCGAGGAAAUCGCAAAGUGGGAGAAACCAACCACCUCCUCCACCGACCCCGACAAAUCAGAACGCAAGGAGCGCUCAGAGGGUGCGGAGCCGUCGGAGAAGAGCGAGAAGUCAGAGAAGUCGGAGCGCUCGGAGCGGUCGGACAAAGGAGAGGCGUCGGAGAAAAGCUCGGAAAAGAGGGACACGUCGGAGAGAGAGCGAGCCGAGAGACGGGAAAGAGAGAGGGGCGAGAGAGAGAGGGGCGAGAGAGGCGAAAGAGAGAGAGGAGAGAGGGGACGUUUUUCUGUUGUCGGGUGUUUCUUGCGUUCAGAUGUUAAGCCCGUGUAUGGGAAGCUUCUCAAGUUUCAGUAA